AUGGUCCUUCGAACAGUUCUCUGUCAUGAGCUUCGGUCAUCCUGCGCAUGUCAAUAUGUGCUGACUGGCUCGCUAGGAACAUUGUUGAAUUUCUCUGACCUCGUAGGACUCGUUGACAGAGUGCUCACAUUACCGUGUAAACAGCAUCUGCCAAGACCAGAAUUAUCCUAUGUUGUGCAGCUCUUCGAACAGCAGUGGAGACUUUACUGGACUAGGGAACCGUACCCGGAUAGUGUGUUGGUAAAAGUAGACUUGGAUUGCGUGUUAUCUUUGGCCAUCAUGACUUAUCUGGCCACUUUGGACGCAGUACGCAUGGAAACCAUGCUUGCCAAGAUGCCAAUGCAGUUGCAAAAGUGUAUUGUGCCUGUAGAGAUUUACACUCCAUCUCUCUACUAUGUACAGAUACAGAAGUAUCUAGAUACGAUUUAUCUCGUACCCGUUCUUCCUUCCUUCUUUGGCCCAGGUGGAUACUAUUCCAAGUUAUCUCCUGACUAUGUUCACUUAGGCGAUGAUGCUGUUUUGGAUAGAGGUUUCAUAGAACAACAAUGGGGCUGCAUUGCUUAUAAACCCGCUGCUCUUACCGACCAUAAAGCGAGCAACUUUAAAGACAACGCGCCUUUUGGACGGUUCAUGGAUGUCGGUCGGACAUCCAACGAUUGUGGACCGUUGAUUAACGAUCCAUCAUCUCCAUUUGCCGAUGGAUGGCUGAAUCCUUACAGAACAGAUACAGGCCAACGACACAGGAGUUGGCCUUCCACAAAUGAUGAACAUCAUCUGGUAGGGAGUGGAACUCAUUGUACAUCUUCCCUCGGCGGCUACGGCGGAGGCGCUCCAGAAACCAGGAAUCUACAGACGGAUGGGAGUAAUAUGAUGACCAGUGCGGAUUUGAGGAUUGAUUCCGGGCACUGUUCUUGGUAG